AUGGCCGGAAACCAUUCCAUUGAUAAGCGGGACUUCGACGCAAAUCGUCCACUCCUUCAAGACACAGAAACGGAACAAGAUGACCGCAGCCCUACGUCAGCCAGACGACCUGGAUCCCGACACUCGCGCCAUUCCGGGCCAAGGAGCGACGACGGGUUGUUGAACGAUGUCGUCGGCGAGAUUGUCGAACGGGAUAGACGGAAAAUACACAAGGAGGUCAUCCGGGUAGUGAGUUUUGGAUGGGGUGUUAUAACCUGUUUGGGUGCUGGCAGUAUUACUGCAUUCUCAUUAUACGGCCAUCUACUCCUUACGCGGAUGAAUUACUCGCAACUGCAGGUAAACGCCGUUUCGAUCGCCGCCGAAGUCGCAAUGUACCUCCCCGUCCCCCUAUUCGGCUACCUGUGUGACCGGUACAGCCCAUCACCGCUGUCUUUGUUCUCCGGUGCGAUCUUCGGCGCCGGGUACUUCCUUGCUGCGCUCGCGUACCGCAGCGGUCCGCCUACUGACGUGGGUGGAUCCGGAUGGCCCUUCUGGGUCAUGGUCGUGGCAUUCAUCGCUAUCGGCAUGGGGACCAGCUGUAUGUACCUUGCUGCUGUGGCUACUUGCGCGAAGAACUUCGGCAGAGGUAAGCAUAAGGGUAUCAUGCUUGCUGUCCCCAUUGCGGCGUUCGGGUUGAGUGGAAUGUGGCAGAGCCAGGUCGGGAUCUAUCUGUUCUAUGAAGUGCUGCCUGAUGGCAGUCAUGGAGAUCUGGAUGUCUUUAAGUACUUCGUGUUCCUGGCAGUGCUGCUGCUGGUUAUUGGAAUUAUUGGUACUUUUGCUUUGCGCAUCGUUGAAGACGAUGAGGAGUACAUUGACGAGACAGUUGAAGAACUGGAGCGUAGUGGACUUUUGGAAGAGAGUGAUUUCUUCCGACCGCGAGGUGAUAUUCGUGCGACGGCUGAAUAUGGCACGUUCUCCGAGGCCUUCGACGCUGAGAACGCGAGUCUUUCGGAUGAAGAGCGUGAGCAGCAACGACUUGAGCAUGAACGUGAAGAAGAGGAGCGUCGGAAGAAGAACUGGCUACUCAAUUAUGAGACCAGAAUCUACCUCCAAGAUCAUACCAUGUGGUGGCUGGCUGCGGGAUUCUUCCUGGUCACAGGUCCAGGGGAAUCAUAUAUCAACAACCUCGGGACAAUCAUCCCAACCCUUACGCCCAUAUCGUUCGCUGGUGCCAUACCACCCGCCGGAUCUCCCUCAACACACGUAUCGAUCAUAGCUUUGACUUCGACAAUCGCUCGCCUUCUCACAGGCUCCCUCUCCGACUUCUUCGCGCCCCCAGCUACCCACCUCUUCCCUCCAAUCCCAGAAGGCGCGCGCCAUCGACACCCCGACCCUGCCACUUCGGGUCUGACCUUGUCUCGAAUGACAUUCCUCCUUCCGUCGGCGAUUCUUCUAUCUCUGGGCUAUCUACUCCUAGCCUCUCCACUCCCACUCGCAUACCCAGGUAUUUUCAACUUGACGACAGCUCUCGUCGGCUUCGGGUAUGGCAGUGCCUUCUCACUAGCGCCGAUCAUCAUCUCUGUCGUCUGGGGUGUUGAGAACUUCGCUACAAACUGGGGCAUUGUGGCCAUGAUGCCUGCCGCGGGUGCGGCGUUGUGGGGUAUCAUCUACUCCGCUGCUUAUCAGAAUGCUAUCGACCAUGGAGAUAGAGUCGAUGGGCAGUGCCAUGGCUGGCGAUGCUAUGGAUUCUGGGCUAUCGGAUGCACUGUGAGUGUUUGGAUUGCGCUCGGCGCUUGGCUUGCCGCUUGGAGGGGAUGGAAGAAGAGAGGCGUUGUUGUUUGA